GUCACGGAGUCCGCCGCUUCUCUGACGGCUUUGUGAAACGGGACGCGGAGAUGUUUUGGGCGGCGGACGAGUCAAAGCAGACUGUUUGAUUUGAGGAGCUGAAGCAGACAGCCAUGAAGAGUGCACCCCAGGAACACACCGACUCCUGCCCUGCGACCACAUCCACCACAGAAAACCUUCCUGAAGCUGAGGCUCAGCCGGUGCUCAGUGAACCACAUGCACAAGAGACGAAGAACAAGUCAAAUACUGCUGCUGAAACCACAAGCCCAACAAGAGCACAGGCAGCUGAGACACCUGCAAACAUGGCGGUCACCCCAUCAGCACACAGUGAGCCUGCUGUCCAGUCACACGCUGAGUCCAGGGACAAAACUGCAAGAGUCCCAACAGAACCAGGACCAAACACCAAAGCAAACCCUGGAAGGAAUGGGCAGAAGGUAAAGAAUCAGGGUAAAGGUGUAAGCGACGGCAAGAAAUAUGUUCUUUCCAAGAAGGCUAUGGUGGAUCCUCUGAAGAUGGACAUGUCUAAACCCAUAGUUAUGCCUCUCACAUCAUCUGAGCUCUCCCUGCAAUGCAUAGAGUGCCAUAUCAUCUUCAGUGACAACAAGAGCAAAGAGCGCCACCUGAAACUCAGCCACCCUGCAGAAUAUGAAGAGCGCAUUCUGAAAAAUGCUCUUUUUGCCUGCUAUGUCUGCGACCGCCACUUUACGAACUCUAUAGAGCUCAUGGCCCAUCAGAAGGCCCACACGGAGAAGAAACCUUUCAAGUGUCCGCUCUGCGGGCAGGCUUUUAAGAAGUCAUCUGAACUCACAGCUCAUAAAAAGAUUCAUUUUGGCGAAGAUGGUUAUGCCUGCACUGAAUGCGGCAAGCCAUGCAAAACGCUGACGCUGUUAAAGUAUCACCAGCGCACGCACACGGGAGACCGGCCAUAUAUUUGUAAGGAGUGUGGAAAGAGGUUCAACAUGUCCAAAGCUUUGCAGAAACACAUGGUGUCACAUUUAUCGGAAGGAGCUGAAGGACAUGAAGCGGACACCACAGUUAAACCGAAACGAAAGAAAAAUGAUGGUGCUUCUACAACAAAGUAUCCUUGUUCUAUCUGCAAGGCUACUUUCAAGACUCCAAAAACACGGCAACAUCACAUGAAAACUAAGCACAAACUUGCAGCAGCCAGUAUUACUCCCCCAGCUAGGUGCCUCCUCAUGCACCCCCACUGGAACUGCAGCAGCAGGUGUCAGAACCAACAGAGCUGGUGA